AAAGCUGGGUAAUUUUUUUCUUGUUUCAUACUGAAAACUACUGCCACUGCCACAGAUUUUCCUAUUUACCCGCCAUUUGAAGAAGAAAACCAAAAAAAAAAAUCGGAUAUAACCUUCACCCAAAACUUUUGGUACAAACUCACUUUACUUUACUCAUUGUAUAGUAUGUGUGUGUGUGUGUGUGUGUUCCAAAUGGAACUAUAGCUUCAGCCAUUCAAACAUUCGUUCAUUCAUUCAUUUGUUUUAUUUUGAUGCAGAAAAAAUAACAACAACAACAACAACGACGACGACAACAACAAACUAGAAUUUUUGACAUUUUACACCAAAAAACUAGGCCAUCAUUAACUUUUGGUUAUUUUUUUUUGUUAAAGAAAAAAAUUCAUAAUUUUAAAGAAUUUUGAAAAAUUCUUAUUGUUUUUUUCUUCUGAUCUUUAAUCUUUCAUAAUCUGAUUCAUUGUGUGUGUGUGUCAGUGGGUUUCUGUGUUUAUAUUGUUGAAACAAAAAUAAAAACCAAGCAAAACCAAACCAAUAAUUGAAUUUUUUGAGUACCUUGAAUUAAGAAUUUCAACAACAACAACAACAGCAAAAAUGCCACCAUAUUCAAUAAUAAUAAUGUUCAUUGCAAUUGCAAUGACAACAAAUAUUUCGAUUUGGGCACAACCAGCUAAUCAAAAUCGACCUACAUUGCGUGGUUUAACAUCAUUGCGACCACCAUUUGUUGAAAAAGAUUUAAAUGGCAAAUUAAUUGGAUUUUUUGUCGAUCUUUUGGAUGAAAUGGCUUUAAUUGGUAAUUUUAAUUAUUCAUUAAGAGAUCCGGGUAAUCAACAUACAUCAAAUGAUCCAUUUCAAAAUCGUCCACCUGGUUUGAUAACUGAUAUUCAUCAAAAUAGAGCGGAUUUUGCUAUUGCUGAUUAUCUUUAUCGUACGGCAAGUGCACAACGUUAUGUUGAAUUUACUGAUUCAUAUAUGGAAUCAAAUUUGAGUGCAUUGAUACAUAAAGAUCGUAUCAUACAGAAUAAUAUUAAAACUAUUGAUGAUUUAUUGGAUCAACGAACAAAACCACCAGCCGUUAUACCGAUUAAUUAUCAACAACAACAACAACAACAGCAGCAACAAUCAAAUCAACAACAACAACAACAACCAGAAAUAAUACAAUUAGGUACUGUACGACCAAUUUAUCGUGAUCUAAGUGUUGGUACUGAUCCAUUAAGUCGUCGUAUUUAUGAACAAUUGCAUAAUAAUCCAAGUAAUAUGGCUGAAAAUCGUCAAAUUGGUAUUGAAAGAGCAUUGAAAACACCAUAUGCAUUCAUACAGGAAAGUAUCAAUAAUGAAUUGGCAAUGGAUGAAUAUUGUGAAUUAACACAAAUCAAAUUGGAAUCACAAAAUCUUCCAAAAGCCGAUACACAUUAUGAAUUUGGUAUAAUUGGACAGAAAUUUUCAACACAUUUGGAAACAAUGAAUCGUGCUAUUCGUCAAUUAAAAGCUAAUGGUCGUUUAGAUGAAUUAAAACGUCGUUAUUGGAAUCGUAAAUGUAAUGGUGGUACAAAUAAUUUUGAACAAUAUCGUUAUUUAAUGACUGUUGUAACAACAUUAUUUUCAUUAUUCAUGUCAAUAUUUAUUCUUAGCUAAAUUCUUUACCCCUCAAAAAACCGAAAAAACCAAAACCAAAAACAAAAACAGCCAAAAAUACAAUCCACACCGAACAUAUUAUUGUCCAGAUUGACCAAAAAAACAACGAAAAAAAAACCAAAAAAAAGGAGAAUCUCUAUCACAAACACACGUAUAAUCAUUAUAUAUUUACCGAAAUAGAUUACCUUACAUUAUUUCAUUUAAACAACAAAAAAAACUUUACAAACAUUUUAUCAUUAUAUAACUACAUCUAUAUCAACAAAAAAAUACUCUAUUUUGCUUCCAGGUGAAAAACAAAAACGCAUUUUAAAAAAAUAUACGAAGAAAAUUACAUUUUUUAGUGCCAAAAUUUUUUUUGCGGGAAAAAACAGACAAGAGAACGAGAAAAGGGUUAAAUUCUUCUUCGACAACAAUUUCAUUAACACCUUUGUUUCCUCAUUUAUUUGCCAAAAUUUUAGCCAAAAACAAACAAAAACAAAACAAAAAAAAUUAGUGCUCAUUAUUCGAUAUUAGAGAAGAUGUUUUUAUUUAGUGAAAAUUGAUUGAGAUUAAUAUAAUGUAAAUAUAUUUGUAAUUUUUAUUUCGGUAUUUUUUUUUCUUUGUUUUGUUUUGUUUUUUUUCUUUGUUGAUCUCAUUGACAUUUGAUUCUUAUUAUAUCAUAUUAUUAAACGAUGCUCAUCUCACCGAAUCUCUUGACAAACACAAACACAAACACUGGAAAAAAAAACUUUGUUUUUAGUUUAGAAUUUUGUUUUUUUGUUUUCAAUUUUUUGUUUUUGAUUCUUUUGCUUGCUCCAAUCUCAACAAACAACCAUAAUAAAAUCCGAUUAAUUGUAUGA